AUGUCACCCCCUUUGUUUCUUGCAUUGGCUGUAUCCUUGCCCUCCAUUUUGAAUGUUCCAGAUGAAGAUCCGCGGGCCACCAAAUGCAGAGAUGGUUGGAGAGAGAAGCUUCUUCUGUCUGCUUACUUUGAUGAUUACAACGAGAGAGGGAGGGAGGGACAAACCCUAGCGCGGUCGAAUGAGGUCGGUUUCUCUCUCCUUGCAGACAUUUUGCGUCUUGAUUUGGUCACAUCUGAUUAUUUCAAAGCAUUUUCAUCCAACGAAGAGCUUAUUCUUAAAAUGAAAUCAAACACCGAUAGGACAAUUUCAAGAGCUCAAAAACCGAUAUGUAUCCGAGGGGAGGGGUUGAAUUGGGUCUUUAUUGCUGGUGGUGCCUUGUUGAGUACGCUAUCAGUUAGGCUUGGAUUCAAACUGAAGCAGGCCUUGGAGACAAAGCGGCCUGAUAAUGCUGCAAAUGGUAAAUUUACUGCCAGAAGGAGGUCAAGAGCUUCAACAACAUGUUGUUUUACGCAGGAUGAAGAUGGCUGUUACCAUUGUAUCUCAGGGAUUUCAGAAGGCACGGUGGAGAUUAAGCAGCCACCCACGAGUCCGCUGUCAAAAGAAGCAGCUCUAGCUCUCCCUUUAGUGACAAUCACGGCACCGGGAUCCAUUAAAGAGAAUGGCGUAAUCUGGGGAUCGUCACCUGAGCGUCUUGACCUCCCCCGGAAGCCAUUCCACCAAUACUCGAAUAGCUCCGACUCUCCCUGCAUAUCGGAGUCUGGUUCUGAUAUCCUCAGCAAACGGGAAGUGAUAAACAAGCUGAGGCAACAGCUGAAGAGAAGGGACGAAAUGAUCCUGGAGAUGCAGGCUCAGAUCACCGACCUGAAGAACUCAUCGGACGCCCAGCUAAUGCACUCGACCCAUCUGCAGUCACAGCUCGAUUCCGUGAACCAGGACCUGUUCGAAUCAGAAAGGGAGAUCCAGAGGCUGAGGAAGGCCAUCUCAGAUCACUGCAUGGGGGAAACGGGUUCCCCCAAAAAGUUUGUGAUGGGCAGGAACGGGCGGGUCGAUCCCAGAAAUGGGCAGGCGAAUGGGUUUCUUGAUGGUUCAAGAGACUUGGAGUCACACUAUGCGGGGACUGUAGGAGUAGAUGGGAAGAGGAUUGAGAUGUUGAAGAGGGAAGUCGAAGAAUUGAAGGAGGCGGUUGAAGCGAAGGAGUUUCUGCUACGGAGCUACAAGGAGCAGAAUAUGGAGCUGUGCUCAAAGAUGAAAGAGCUACAGCUGAGACUGGUAUCUCAGGUACCAAGUAUUUUGUAGGCUUCUUAAUGAGAUUUGUGUAUUCUUGUUUGCAUUUUGAGUUUCUACACUAGGGAGAAGCUUUCCUCUCUCUCUCUCCCCUUCUUUUUUUUUUUUCAUUAUUGAGAUGAAAUAUUUCAUUUGUUAUACACGUGUAUAUGUGCGUGUAUAGAGGGCUUGAUCUGUUGAUGAGUGUUGAAUCGGUGAAAUUCAGAUUCUUGGGAUACUCAA